AGAGGUGAAAAAAAGCGAAACAACAAUUCAAAAUCGACAAUGAACAACAAUCAACUAACUUCGAUUUUGUUGUGUAUCCUCGUUGGGAGCACUUUGGGGCAUGAUUAUCAACGUGCUAAAUAUCUAGCACCGAAAUCGAGAUUAUCCUUGUUCAAAGAACGAUCAUCUGAAACCAAACAAUGUCAUUUACAAUGCACACAAGAAAAACCGACCGGACCGUUGCAAUUAUUCGUUAACCAAACCACAAAUCUAAUAGCAAUCGUUAACACAACGGCGAACGUAGCAUUGAUCAUCGAUAUAAACGCCAAUAUAACAGCAAUACUUAACGGUACAAGCGGUGGUGGCGUUAUCAUAGAUAUCGCAACGCAAACGGGGCGAUACAUCAAAUCGAGCACAAAUAUUAAUCUAUGGUUAAAUUCACGGGAUUCGUUCCAAAUCUAUUUCUCGAAACUAGAAUCUCUAAAAGUAUUAUUGAAUUUAAAUAUUGGUGUUAAAUUUGACGUUGAAUCAUCUUCUAAGGAAACGUACGAAUUUACUGGAAAUCUUUUAGUUAAAUUAGUUGAUAAUAUUGAUAUACAAAGUGAUAUUACAGUUGGGUUAUCACUGUUUAUCUCUAUAUCAUCGAACUUUAUCGUUUUGUUAAAAGGAAAUCUUAAUGGAAUUCUCAAGUUGAUCGGCGCAGCCGCAAUACACCUACAAGGUGACGUAUUGAGAUUACAAAACUUCCUAAGUGGUAUAGGCGUUAUUUUCGGACAAAUUCAAGGAGGUUUGUCCGCAAUAAUCGAAGCAAACAUCUCCAUCAAUUUCUCUGAAUUACUAUCUUCUAGUAACGGUAUUGAAGUACUGACUCGUUUGGUACUCUACUUAGGUGCUAAAUUCGAUUUAUCUGCUCUGGGUAAUUAUUUGAACAGCGUCGAACAGCUGUUAAAUGUCAUAGUACAAUUAGGAGGUGGAAUUAGCGUCGGAGUAACCGGCGCUCUUAAAGUUAUUUCUCAAAUAGUCGGCGUUCUACAAGGAUCAAUCAAUAUUGAAGUUUUAAUACAAACUCUAAUCGAAUUUUCCGCCAAUAAACACGACGAUAUCGAAAUUAAAGUCUAUUGGGAUACUUUAAUCGAAGCUAUACGCGUCACUAACUGCCAAAACGCCCUAUCGGUAACUAUCGAUAUUAUAACGCAAAUACAAAAUAAUAAUUUAAUCGUUUUGGGUAUAAACGUCUCAGAAAUACUACAAGUUUUGGUUACGGGGUCUCAAAAAGCUUUGGAAUUAGUUGUUAAAGUUCUUAUUCGAAUUGGAGGUGCGGUAAAUAUUUCUCUAUCUAUUUCGAUUCUUCUUUUCGCACUUAUCCGAUUAGUGACGACUGCGUACGGUGUCGUACUUCUCAGAGGACUCGGUAUAACGAUUAAAGUCACUGGAAAUAUAGUGAGUUAUAUACUGAAGAACAUCAAUAUUGGUAAUAUCAUCAGUUUGCUUACGAAAUUCAAUGUCGUAUCUCUACUUAAAUCCAUUCCUAUACUGAGCGAUAUUUUUGCCGCACUUUCAUCGGCUGUUCAAGUUAGUAGCGGUGGAGAGUUGCAAAUUAGCGUGUUGUUGAAAUCUGAACAAUCCACAAGUGUCACCGCUGGAAUUGGGGUUUUCAUUAAGGGUUUGUUGAAUAUUAACGGUGCUACUACGCCUAAACCGACGCCCGUUACCCUUCCAGCUGUUAACGGCACUGGAAACGGUUCCGGAACAAUAAAUGGUAAUGGAUCUAUUGGUGGAUCAGUUCAUUUAGGAGGGAAUGGUUUAUUCCCUUGGUUACAUAGCUGGAGUUGGGGUGGAAACAAAGAUACUCUAGGUAACGGAAAUUCUAACAGCGGUUCUGGAACUGGUACUGGUAGUGGAAGUGGAAGCGGUACUGGUAGUGGAAGUAUCGGUGGAAACGGAGGCGGGAAUGGCUCGUUUACAUUUGGUCUAGGAGGUGAUGGUGGCGCGUCUUCAGGAAAUUCCGGAUCAUUUGGAUUGGGACUGGGAGGAAGUGGUAGCAAUGGCGGAAAUGGAAAUUCAGGAAGCAGCGGAGAAACUGGCUGGAACUUUGGAGGUAACUCAAAUGGAAACUUAGGCGGCAGUGGCAGCGGUACCGGUAGUGGAAGCGGUACUGGUUCUGGAAACGGUACUAGUAGUGGAAGUGGAAGCGGUACUGGUAGUGGAAGUGGAAGUGGAAGCGGUACUGGUAGUGGAAGUGGAAGUAUCGGUGGAAACGGAGGCGGGGAUGGCUCGUUUACAUUUGGUCUAGGAAACAGCGGUGAAAAUGGCUGGAACUUUGGAGGCAACUCAAAUGGAAACUUAGGCGGCAGUGGCAGCGGUACUGGUAGUGGAAGUGGAAGCGGUACUGGUAGUGGAAGUGGAAGCGGUACUGGUAGUGGAAGUGGAAGCGGUACUGGUAGUGGAAGUGGAAGCGGUACUGGUAGUGGAAGUGGAAGCGGUACUGGUAGUGGAAGUGGAAGCGGUACUGGUAGUGGAAGUGGAAGCGGUACUGGUAGUGGAAGUGGAAGUGGAAGCGGUACUGGUAGUGGAAGUGGAAGUAUUGGUCUAGGAGGUGAUGGUGGUGCGUCUUCAGGAAGUUCCGGAUCAUUUGGAUUGGGACUGGGAGGUGGAAAUGGAAAUUCAGAAAACAGCGGUGAAACUGGCUGGAACUUUGGAGGGAACUCAGAUGGAAACUUAGGCGGUGGUUUGAGUGGAAGUUUUGGCAGUAACGGUCAUGGUAGUGAUGGUGGAAGUAACGAUGGUAGCUCAAGUGGAAAUGCGGAUGGGAGUGGAGGCUUGAACAUAAGCUUAGACGGAAGUGGUAAUGGAAGCGGCAGUGGAAGUGGAAGCGGAAGUGGCAGCGGAAGUGGUAGCGGAAGCGGAAGCGGAAGUGGUAGCGGUAGCGGAAGCGGAAGCGGUAGUGGUAGCGGAAGUGGAGGCUUAAGCUUAGGUGGAAGCGGAAGCGGUAGUGGAAGCGGAAAAGGUAGCGGAAGUGGAGGCUUAAGUUUAGGUGGAAGCGGAAGUAUAGGAAGCGGCCAUUUUGCGCUAAGAGACAACAAGAAUAAAGGACACGCUCGAAAUCACCACGAACACUCUCGAACCCACCACGAACACUCUCGAGUCCACCAAGGACACGCUAACAACCAAUAAAAUAAUGAAAUAUAUAGUCUUCCAUUUAUAGAUACUGUAAAUAAAUAAUACGCAUCGUUA